GGUGAGGGAUGGAACAGGAGGCGGGCGAAGCUGCGCUCGGGGCGGCCGUGACCGCGCCCACACCCAGGACCGCGCCCACUUCUCAAGACUUUAGGUGGCCGGGCUGCUGCGCUCAGACACUGGGGAUGAUGUCGGGCUUCGGGCGCUACAGUCAUGCGGUGGUGCGCGGGAUUCCGGACUCGCUUGCGGGCGGCGCGCUGCGGAGGAGCGCCGAGAGCGAGCCGGUGGACACGGCGCGGGCCCGGCGGCAGCACGAACACUACGUGCACACGCUGGGCUCCCAGCUCGGCCUCGAAGUGCUGGAGCUGCCGGCUGACGAGCAGCUGCCCGACUGCGUGUUCGUGGAGGACACGGCGGUAGUCUGCGGGGACACGGCGCUAAUGAGCCGGCCCGGGGCGCUCAGCCGGCGUGGAGAGGUGGAAACUACAAAGAAAGUUCUGACUCAGCUUGGUCUUAACAUCGUGGAGAUGGUUGACGAGACAGCAACUCUCGAUGGCGGUGAUAUCCUGUUCACAGGGAAAGAGUUCUUCGUGGGCCUUUCAAAUCGAACCAACCAGCGUGGUGCCGAGAUUCUGGCCGAUGUUUUUAAGGACUACGCUGUCUCCAAAGUCUCUGUCAAAGGGGCGCUACACCUGAAAAGUUUCUGCACGAUGGCCGGUCCAGGACUCAUCGCCAUUGGUUCCAGCGAUCAGGCUCAGAAAGUGCUCACGAACAUGCAAGAGAUGAGUGAACAUCGCUACGACAAGCUCACUCUGCCUGACGAUGAAGCUGCAAACUGUGUCUAUCUCAACACCCCGCAGCACGGCCACGUCCUUCUGCACCGCAGUGCCGAGGAACACCCCGAGAGUGCAAAGGUGUUCGAGAAACUGAAGGAUUAUCUGCUGAUUCCAGUCAGCAACUCUGAACUGGCCAAAGUUGAUGGGGGGCUCACCUGCUGUUCCAUUCUCCUCAGUAAAGGGGCUUGAUAAGCACAAUGAAGCAAUUUUACAAGAAAAAAGGGGGCAUUACUUUUAGUUUGGCAAUAAUGUGAUGAUAGAUUAACAGAGCCCAUCUGGAUCACACUGCCCUUUCCUCUCGUCUCCCGCUUUCUACUGCAAUCAAGUGGCUCUUUACCGCCACCUUGUGAUUGAAACCACUUAGAACCUUUCUCUGAAUGAACAAUGGUUAAAGUAUAUACUAUACAAUAUAUAUAACAAGGUGAAUUAAAUUAUAUACAAAAUAAUUAAUAUAGAUUUAGUUUAAAUACUGCAGUUGAUUAUUUUGUGUUUUGAUUUCAUACAGUAAGUUCUAGAACAGAAAACAUGUAAAAUUAUGAGGGUAUAGAUAGUUAAGGCAAGCAAGCAUUUUCCUCUGAGCUUGAGUAAGACUAGAACUAGAGGUCAUGGGUUAAGGGUGAAAGGUGAAAAGUUGAAGAGGAACAUGAGGGGGAGCUUCUUCACCCAGAGGGUAGUGAGAGUGUGGAAUGAGCUGCCAGUAGAAGUGACGGAUUAAUUUCAAAAUUUAAGGGUACGUUGAUGGGAGGGGUAUGGAAGGCUAUGGUCCAUGAGUGGGUCGAUGGGACUAGGCAGAAUAACAGUUCGGCGUGGUCUAGCUGGGUUGAAGGGCUUGUUUCUGUGCUGUACUCCUCUAUGACUCUAUAGAACAUAGAGUUACAGCACAGUACAGGCCCUUUGGCCCAUAAUGUUAUGCCAGCCUUUUAACCUGCUCUAACAUCAGUCUAACCCGUCCCUCCGACAUAGCCCUCCAUUUUUCUGUCAUCCAUGUGCCUAUCUAAGAGUCUGUUAAGAGUCCAUAAUCCAUCUGCCUCUACCACCACCCCUGGCAGGGUGUUCCACACACCCACCAUUCUCUGUGUGGAAAAAACCUACCUCUGACAUCCACCUUAAAAUGAUGCCCGUUGUAUUAGCCACGGACAACUGUGGGCAUCUCCCUUGGCUUUGUACCACUUCCACAUUAAUAAGGCACAUGACAAGAUUUCGCCACACUUGACCAUUCCAUUAGAGGCACACACUGUGAAAUUAUGGAGCUGAGUUGUGAAGUGUUCCCAGUUCCUUCUGCUAUCAAGUUUGUCUGCACUCCAGUGUACUUGUAUUAUGUUAGUGUAGCCCUUUGCACGGUGUCUGUGCCAACGAUGUCAUUGCUUUCAGCUUGGUUACAGGAUGCCUCCUUGUUCCCUUUUUUGCCAAAAGAUUUCUUGACGCAGUUUUCACUGAUCACCCCUGCUUCAUGCUGAAUAAAUAAAAAUCAAUAUCAGAA